AUGAACAAUAAUCGUCUACUGAAUAAUAGAUCAUCCUCUAAUUCGUUAUUUCCACCGCCGAAUUCGGCUCAAAGAGUUUCAAAUAAUCUUCCAGCUGGCCAAAGGCAGAAAGUAACAUUAAAGCCAGGCCAUUCACCACUAGAUUGGGCACAUCUUAAUUCUAACACACCAUUUCACAUCUUAAGGGGUGUGUCACAACAAACACCACCUCCACAGUAUGUUAGGAUAACCAAGGAUGAGUUACAAACACAUAAAACAAAAGAAGAUUGUUGGACUUGCAUAAAUGGGAAGGUGUUUAAUAUUACUCCUUAUAUAGAUUUUCAUCCUGGAGGUGUUAAUGAAAUUAUGAAAUGUGCUGGAAGGGAUGGCACAGCAUUAUUUAACAAAUAUCACAGUUGGGUUAAUGCUGAUAGAAUGUUAGAAAAGUGUCUUAUAGGAAUGCUAGUUAAUAACUAA